AUGAGUGUUAUUAUUUAAGAAUAAAUUAAUCAUAAUUUAGAUAAUUUAUUAGUAAUAUUAGAAUGUUAGAAUUAAUAUGAAGAAUCGAAUAAAUGUUAUGAUUGUCCUAUUACUUGCAACUAAUGUUUAAAUUUCAAAUAUUGUUUAGAAUGUUUAUUUAUAAAUAAUAGAAUAUUGAAAAAUGGAUAAUGUAUUGGUUUAGAUGGAUACUAAGAAGAUGUAUCUAAUCCUAUAUGUAUAAGAAAUAUAUUGAGUUAUGUUAAAAUGGAUGUACAAAAUGUAAAUAGGGGAAAUGUCUUGAAUGUGCAACACCAGGAUGGUAUAUUGAUAAUACUAUAAAGAAUAAUGUGGUGAUUAUAUGACAGUUGGAUGAGAAUUACGUAAUUCUCAAUAUAUUUUACCAUAUAAAGGAUGUUAAAAUUGUUAAGCAAAAUGAUGAUCAUCAUGUUUAUAAUGUGAUACUAUAACUUCAUUGGAAUGUUUACUUUGUGAAACUGGUUAUAUUUUAAUUGAUCAUUUAUGCUACUCUAUUUCUCGAGAUGAAAUAAUUACAAUUGAAGAAGAUUGUGAUGAUGCAAAUCUAAUAUAUGGAGAAGGAUGUCAUUUCUGCUAAUUUAGUUGUUUAGAUUCCUGUUUAUUAUGUAUCUAAGGUUAUUGUCAUGAAUAUUAAGAUCAACACUUACUUUUAUUAUAAAUAGCUUAAAUUAUAUUACGAUAUUAAUUGCAUUCAUAUUAACAUUUAUUAAUUGCUAUUUAGGUGGUCAAGAUUUUACUAAAUUUUUUAAUUUUAAAAAGAGUUCACAAAUAACUCGAAUAAUUCUAUGGACAACUUUAUAUCUGAGAAUAAAUUACAAAACCAAGAUUUAGUCAAAAACUGUUUUUUUAACCAAAUUACUUAUUCCAAUAUAUGAAAAUUUUUAACUUCAAAAACCAUCAAUUUUUAAAUUAAAGUAGUAUUUCUCUGUUAUUUUGAUAAAUAAAAAAUGCCAUUAAAUAAGCUGUAACUCCAAAAUAUAAUUAUUAUUUAGAAUAUUGUUCAAUCUAUGUUUAAAAUUAUUGUAUUAAGUGUGAAAAUUAUGCAUAUUUUGAUAAAGUAGAAGGAAGAUUUAAAUAAAUAUAGAAUGUUCCUUGUCAAAUUUAGAUUCUAAUAUAUGUAUUAAAUGUCAGAAAGGAUAUUAUUUAGACGGAUAAAAUAAUUGUAAAUGUAAAUGUGGUGAUGGCAUAAACACAUCUGAAGAGUAAUGUGAAAUAAAGGAUUAUAAUUGUUUAAAUUGCUAUUAUGCUUAACCAUAGUUUUGUAAGCAUUAUCAUAAUAAUAUAUGUCUUUAAUGUAAAAUUGAUUAUUAUUACAAUUAAAUUACUUAAACUUGUAAAUCUAUAUGUGGUGAAGGAAUAAUUAAUAAUGAUGAAUAGUGUGAAGAUAAUAAUCAAAUUGAAUUUGAUGGAUGUUAUUAAUGUAAAUAUUAGUGUAAUAAAAAUUGUAUUGAUUGUUAAAAAGGUGUAUGUAUAUAAUGCUAAUAAACUUAUUUAUUAAUAAAUGGAUUAUGUAUAGAAUUGA